CUAAAUUUUAGUUGCAGAAGCAGCCGUUUCAAAUUAGAAAUUGAAAUUACAAGAAAUUGCAUUACAAAAUUACAAUUUUAUUUACAGAUUACAAAUUACAAACUGUAGCUCAAUAAUAUUUUGAUUGAUCUAUCAUUACACAUUUAUAAAUUUUAAUUAAACUUUGAGGUUAUGUUUAUGUUUGAUUUUAUUUACCUCAUGUGUUCCUUCUUAAAUUAGAGUACUUUACUAUGGCUCAACAGAAAGCAAAGAAAACUUCCCUGUGGAUGCAAUGUGAUCAGUGUUCCAUAUUUUUAACAACUAAAGAUACAGAACAUCAUAUUAAAGACUGUCCACCAGAUUUUAAAGGAGGAACAUAUAGUUUUAUAAAAGAGGAAGUGUUGUAUGGUAACAUAAACCAGAAAGUCAAUGAGGAAAUAAAAAACAUAACACCUAGAGAAAGAAGUAACUUAGUUUUCUUAAGCGAAUCUGUGAUUAGAUUAUGUUCUCUAGCUAUUGGAGAUUGGGCUUUAAUACAAAGUUUAGAUGGUAAUAGUUCAUCAGUUGCCAGGAUUGUAUGGCCUACAGUAGAAAAAGCUGUUACUUCAGUUUUAUUUACAAAAAAUGGUUUGGAAUUGAGUAAUUUUAAAGAAGAACAGAGAGUUUUGGUAAAAAAAUUAAUUCAACCUUUACCAGAAGCUACUUUUGUUACCCUUGUCAUUACUAAUGGACCAAAAUCUUUAGAAAUGUCCCCAGAACUCUAUAAUAGAAUAAGCAAAACAUAUGAGGACAGAAUUUUAACCAAGGGAAAUAUUAUAAGUGUUAUGUUUUAUGGAAAAGAAUUAAGAUUUGAAGUAAGAAGCUUGGAUUUUGGAGGAGAACCUGGUAUAAUAAAUGAUUUUAGUAAACUUUCUAUAGGUAAUCAGCAGCAGUUUGUGAAGAUAUCUUCCAAAACAAAAUGGACAUGUUAUAAAGAUGAAAGCACUUACAAGAAGGAGUGUGAAAGCCAAAUUUAUGACAGACCAGCUGGAGUGGAGGAAGAAAUAAAUGAAAUUCAUGAAUUGAUAAAUGCCUGUUUGCACACAUCGUCCUAUCAAACACAAACAAAGGCUGUACUUCUUUACGGAAACUCUGGGACAGGAAAAACAAUGAUUGCUAGGUAUUUAGCUUCAAAUUCAAAAGCAAGUGUAGUCUCUAUUAAUUCUACAGAUGUUGGUAGCACUAAUUCCAGCUCAGUAGAAAAAUACAUCAAGCAGUUAUUCAAUGACGCUGUGGAAAGUGCGCCCAGUAUACUUCUACUAGAUGAAUUUGAUAUUCUUUGUCCUGCUAGAGGCACACGCCUAACUGAAACAGAAAAAAGAGUUGUAUCUACAUUUUUAAAACUGUUUGAUGACCUCCAUACUAAAAAGUCACUAAAAAUAUUCAUUAUAGCAACUUCCAGCAAACCUGAUAGUAUAGAUGCAGCAUUUAGAAGGUGUGGAAGGUUAGACAGAGAAAUAGAGAUACCAACACCUAAUCCCAAGUGUAGAAAAGCGAUAUUACAAAAACUAACAAACCAAAUGUUGAUACAGUUGGAUGAGAAUAAUCUUCAAGAUGUUGCAUUGAAUACUCAUGGGUUUGUAGGGUCUGAUUUAGUAGCUUUGUGUUCUAUGGCUGCCUUGAAUGCCAAUAGGAGAAGUCAAGGUGUUACUGUUGCUGAUUUUGAAUAUGCUUUGAAGAGGGUUCGGCCCAGUGCAAUGAGGGAAGUCCAGAUAGAGGUUUCUAGUGUUAAAUGGACAGAUAUUGGUGGUCAGGAAAAUCUGAAAAAUAUAUUAAAACAAGCUAUUGAAUGGCCUUUAAAGUAUCCACAAAGUUUUAUAAGAUUAGGAGUUACGCCACCAAAAGGAGUAUUGAUGUUUGGGCCUCCUGGUUGUUCUAAAACAUUGAUUGCUAAAGCUCUGGCCUGUGAAAGUGGUCUAAACUUUUUAUCUAUUAAAGGUCCAGAAUUGUUUAGUAAGUGGGUGGGUGAAUCUGAACGUGCCGUCAGAGAGGUAUUCCGAAAAGCCAGGCAGGUAGCUCCAUCUAUCAUAUUUUUUGACGAAAUCGACGCGUUGGGUGGUGAACGAAGUGGUAAUUCAGGUACGAACGUACAGGAACGAGUUUUGGCACAACUGCUGACUGAACUCGACGGUAUAACACCUCUACAAGAUGUGACCAUUCUGGCAGCCACUAACCGACCUGAUCGGAUAGAUAAAGCGUUGCUAAGGCCGGGAAGGUUGGAUAGAAUAGUUUAUGUACCUCUGCCAGACGAACAAACGAGGCGAGAUAUCUUCAGAAUCAAAUUCGGCAAAAUGCCUACUUCAGAUGUAAAUAUAGAUGAUUUGGUUAAAAAGACAGAAACGUAUUCCGGAGCAGAAGUGACAGCGGUGUGCCAUGAGGCAGCCAUGAUGGCUUUGGAGGAAAGCUUGGAAGCUGAGUUCGUCCAAAUGAAACAUUUUGAUAGAGCCCUUUCGUUAGUAACACCUAGGACGCCUCCUUAUUUAAUUAAACUAUAUGAAGAUUAUUUAGCAAAUAAAAGUUGAGUUUCA